UUUUUUCUCGUUGUACCUGUUCUAAUUACCAAAUUUUUGUAUAUUAAAGUUCCGAAAACUAUUUACUUCUCAAAUAUACGCUUUAUUUCUAACUUCGAUAAGAAUUAUUUCUUGAAAUUGUAUCUGUACAUAAACUGCUGCAAAUUUUCUCAUCAUGGUUGGAAAAAUCAACAAAUUAUAUGUAUAUAAGAGGGGUGGUAGAAUGGAGGAGGUUCAUAUAGACAAAAUAACAUCAAGAAUUAAGAAGCUUUGCUAUGGAUUAAAUAUGGAUUUUGUUGAUCCUGUUUCAAUAACAUUGAAAGUUAUCAGUGGCAUUUACUCGGGAGUAACAACUGUGGAAUUGGACAAUUUAGCUGCAGAAACUGCUGCCACCAUGACUACAGAUCAUCCGGAUUAUGCAGUGCUAGCUGCAAGAUUAGCUAUAUCUAAUUUACACAAAGAAACAAAGAAGCAUUUCUCAGAUGUCAUGACAGAUCUGUACAACAUUGUAAAUCCUCAUACAAAGAAAAGAUCCCCAAUGAUAUCAGAUUUUCACUAUAAUAUAAUUAUGAAGUACAAAGAACGAUUGGAUUCUGCAAUUGUUUAUGACAGAGAUUUUAAGUAUAAUUACUUCGGAUUUAAAACAUUGGAACGAUCAUAUCUACUCAAAAUAAAUAAUAAGAUUGCUGAAAGACCUCAGCAUAUGCUGAUGCGAGUCUCGAUUGGAAUUCACGGUGAAGACAUUGAUUCAGCCAUUGAAACUUACAAUUUGCUAUCUGAAAAAUAUUUUACUCAUGCCAGUCCCACAUUAUUCUCAGCAGCAACUCCAAGACCACAAUUAUCUUCUUGCUUCCUUAUAGCUAUGAAAGAUGAUAGCAUUGAGGGUAUAUAUGACACACUAAAACAAUGUGCCUUAAUCUCAAAAUCUGCUGGUGGUAUAGGCCUUCAUGUUCAUUGCAUCAGGGCAAAAGGUACCUACAUAGCUGGUACUAAUGGAGUUUCCAAUGGCCUCGUGCCAAUGUUGAGAGUGUACAAUAAUACAGCCAGGUAUGUCGACCAAGGAGGCAAUAAACGACCGGGAGCAUUUGCUAUUUACCUUGAACCUUGGCACUCUGAUGUUUUUGAGUUUUUAGAUCUGAAAAAGAAUACUGGCAAAGAAGAGGUUAGAGCUAGAGAAUUAUUUUACGCCUUAUGGAUCCCAGAUUUAUUUAUGAAACGUGUAGAAAAAGAUGAAAUGUGGAGUCUAAUGUGUCCUCAUGAUUGCCCCGGUCUUGCUGAUUGUUGGGGAGAAGAAUUUGAAGCAUUGUAUGAAAAAUAUGAACAAGAAAAAAGAUUCGUUAAGCAAGUCCGAGCUCAAGAACUGUGGAAAGCAAUAAUAGAAGCACAAGUGGAAACGGGCACACCAUACAUGCUGUAUAAAGAUUCAUGUAAUAGAAAAAGUAAUCAAAAAAAUCUUGGCACCAUAAAAUGCAGUAAUUUGUGCACCGAAAUUGUGGAAUACACUUCAGCAGAUGAAGUUGCUGUUUGUAAUUUAGCUUCAAUUGCAUUGAACAGGUUUGUUAAUGAAGAUAAAACAUACAACUUUAUAAAGUUGAAAGAAGUCACAAAGAUAAUCACACAAAACCUUAAUAAAAUUAUUGAUGUUAAUUUUUACCCAGUGCCUGAAGCGAAAAAUUCUAACAUGCGUCACAGACCUAUAGGUAUUGGAGUGCAAGGGUUAGCUGAUACAUUUGUACUAAUGCGCAUUCCAUAUGAAAGUGAAGAAGCAAUUAAACUUAACCAACAAAUCUUCGAAACUAUAUAUUACGGAGCAUUAGAAGCCAGUUGUGAACUGGCGCAAAAAGAAGGAGUUUAUAGUACAUAUGAAGGAAGUCCUGCAAGCCAAGGCAUCUUGCAAUAUGACAUGUGGGAUAAAACUCCAACUGAUCUCUGGAACUGGUCUAUUCUGAAAGAUAAAAUUGCCAAACAUGGACUCCGCAAUUCACUUCUAUUAGCUCCAAUGCCCACAGCGUCUACAGCACAAAUCUUAGGAAAUAAUGAGUCCUUUGAACCGUUCACAUCUAACAUUUACCAAAGACGUGUUUUGUCUGGAGAAUUCCAGGUUGUUAACCAUCAUUUAUUGAGAGACUUAACACAGGCAGAUUUAUGGGAUGAAGACAUGAAGAAUCUGAUAAUACACAACAAUGGUUCCAUUCAAAAUAUUGAGCGUAUACCAAAGGAUAUUAGAGAGUUGUAUAAAACAGUUUGGGAGAUUUCAGUUAAAACAACAAUUAAAAUGGCCGCUGACAGAGGAGCAUUUAUAGACCAAAGUCAAUCAUUUAACAUUCAUGUGGCUGAACCUAAUUAUGGAAAAUUGACGUCGAUUCACUUUUACGCAUGGAAAAUGGGUCUGAAAACAGGAAUGUAUUAUUUACGCAUAAAGCCUGCCGCUAAUGCAAUUCAGUUCACAGUUGACAAAUCAAAAGUUAGGGCAAGUAAUGGAAGAAUGGAAAGUGAUGAUAAAAACAUGUCCAUGAUAGCUUGCUCGUUACGGAAUAAGGAUGAGUGCUUAAGUUGCGGAUCGUAAGGCGAAUGCAACAUGAUUUUAUAUAAAUAUUUUUUAUGAUUUUGUACUUCAUAGUUGUCAUCUAAAUCAGUGUUUUUCAAUGGAUGGAAAACCACUGAUCUGAAUCAACAUUUUAUGAAGUUAUUAUAGAUCAUUCAAUUGCACAAUAAUCAAUUUAAUAUUUAAGAAA